UUAUAUUGACAUAUAUAAAUUUUUGGAAUAUCAGUUGCGUUCGAUCGUGCGAGAGCUUGAUUCCCGGUCAUUCGUCUAUGAAGGAUAGAAUAGUAUUCAUACAAGAAUGGGAAACCACAUGAGCAAGAAGCCAACGGUCUCGAACCCUAUGAUGAACACUACUCUUCACUACACAACCGAUCAUCUCUCCUCAUACGAGGCUGCAUGCAAAAUCGACCUCGAGUUACAGUCCUUUGACACCACACUCCAAACGCGGACUAAAACUGUCAUCAACUCACUUGCUGAAGGCAUUGAGGUCAAGGCUUUAUCCUUCGAAUCCCUCAAACAAACCACAGAGUGCCUCCUCGAACUAAACCAAGAAGUUGUCAAGGUGAUCCUUGACUGCAAGAAAGACAUAUGGAAAAACGAGGAACUAUUCGAUCUGGUGGAAGAAUACUUCGACAAUAGCCUUAAAACGCUCGAUUUCUGCGCAUCCCUCGAAAAAUGCCUCAAGCGCGCGCGUGACAGUCAGCUCCUCCUCAAAGUUGCCCUCCAGCUGUUCGAAGAGGAGAACGAGGGGCAAAAUGGUCACAGCGCGGAAAAAUACACAAAAACCCUUUCGGAGCUCCGAAACUUCCGGGCCGCGGGCGACCCGUUUACCGACGAGUUCUUCCAGAUCUUCCAAUCGGUUUACCAGCAUCAGAUCCAGAUGCUGGAAAAGCUCCAGUCGAGGAAAACCCGGCUCGACCGGCGGCUCAAGUACAUACGCUCGUGGCGGAGGAUCUCCGGCGCCAUCUUCGCCGCCACUUUCGCGGCCGUCCUCAUCUGCUCCGUCGUGGCGGCGGCCGUGGCGGCGCCGCCGGUGGCGGCCGCGGUGGCGGCGGCGGCCUCCGUCCCGUUGGGGUCGAUGGGGAAGUGGAUCGACUCUCUAUUGAAGAAUUACGAGGCGGCGGUGAAAGGGCAGAAAGAGGUGGUGAGCUCGAUGAAUGUCGGGACUUACGUGGCAAUUAAGGAUCUGGACAGUAUUCGGGUGCUGAUUGAUAGGCUGGAGCUUGAUAUCGAGUCGCUAAUGGGAAGUGCCGAUUUCGCGAAUGAUGAGAAUGGAGGGGCACAGGUGAAAAUAGCGGUGGAGGAGAUUAGGGCCAGGCUGGAGGGGUUUAUGAGCAAUAUCGAGGAGUUGGGGGUGCAGGUGGAUAAUUGCGGCAGGGACAUUCGGAGGGCAAGGACUGUGAUUCUACAGAGGAUUAUUAAACAUCCUCAGAAGUGA